AUAUAUAAGAAGAGCUGCCAUUGCUAAUACUUGUAGAACACAGACUUGCAAGCCUGGCGUACAAUCUUCGAGGAUUGGAGUCCAUAAAGUAGUAGUCGUCGCAGGUGGUGAAUCGUUCAAUCUUUGCAAUUAAAGAUUAUCGAAGAAGAAGAUGAUUCGAUGGAUAAAAAAGAAGCUACGAAAUAUAAAGGUUGUUGAAGAUCACAAUGGUCAAAAACCUGUAGGUGAAAGAGAAGUAAAUGGCUUUGAGUUCCAGAUACGUCUUGAGCACGAGCUAGCUAUGAAGGACAUACGAAGUCUUAAGCACGAGCUAGCUAUGAAGGACGCGGAAAUGCGACAUCUUAAGAGGCAACUAGAUCUAAGAGAGAAGGAACUUGCCAGCCUGAAGAUUGCCAUUCACUCUGCUUGUACCAAUUUGGGCAGCGCAGUUACCACUGCUGCUCUUAAGGUUAAAGACAAAAGGCCUUCCAAGAAAGGAAUUGAACAUGUCUUUACAGAGGAAGACCUCUAUGGAGCUGCGCAAUCGGAGCCAGGUCCAGAAAGUGAAACAGAGUCCAUAUUUGCGAGAUAAUGAUGUUUUAAAUAGCUAAAUAAAUAUCAAUGUUAAAAUAAUCCUAUAGAUCUGUUUCGAGGGGUAGCUCUCUAUUAUUUAAUAAAAGUAUACUUGAUAAAUGAUGUGUGAUAUUAGAGACUUAUUGAUUAUUAUUAUUAUUAUUAUUACUGGAUCA